UGAUAAUUCAUUCAAUGACAGUUCAAAUCAAUUGACAAUGGGCUUACAUCACACAGUCGGAGGUUAACCUACAUUCAGUAUCACUCAUCAAUUGUUUAGAUUUUGAAAUUAAUUAAAAUAAUUUUUGUGGAUUGGUUUUAAAAAUGUACCAAACUUUUGCGAAAUUAACUCGACAAGGAAUUUGUAGACAGGCUACAUGUCUUCAACAUUUCACGCGAUCAUAUUGUUAUAAGCCAAUUGAACGCAAAAUAUUUACAGCAAAAGAACUGUCACCAAAUGGCGAGGACGAGAGAGAAUGGCGAAAAGUUACCUUCACAGAAAGAUAUUUGCUUUCCAGCAAUGAAACAAACGGAACAGAAUCGCUGCAAAUAGUGCAAACACUGCCAUCAGAUCCAAAAGACUUCACAAAAGAUAGUUUAAUUGAAACCUUUGACAGAUUGGGUGCAUACACCAUUGGCGAUGAUGCUUUAAUACACGGAAACUAUGACGUACUCAUCGAUGCCACAAAAUUGAUUCUUCCAAAAUUGAAUAGAACGCAGUGUGUACACAUUUUCAUGAACCUGUGUCGCGCAAAUGUUCCCAUGUUCGAUGAAUUGUGUGAAAUUGUCGUGUGUAAUUUGUCUGAACGUGUUGACAGUAGUAUAUCACAUAUCUAUUAUUUAAACGAAGAAAAUUAUGAAUCGUUUACGCUUGACGAAAUAAUCGCAAUUGAUGUGACAAUUCGUGAAUACUACUAUAAAAAAUUAAAAUUAAGUGUUUUAUUUGACACAUUACGUAAAUGGAUACGUAAAAUAUUCACUUUCAAAAUGGAACAUAAUGUGAAGAAUUUUAGUUUCACAGAACUGACUAAAGCUAUGCGAUACUUGAGCAGUAAUACAACGUUGGUCGAAUCUUUUGAUACGAAACCCUUAUUUCAACAAUUGCUUGCAGCGAAUGAUAAUGAAUUUCAAUUGGCCGAUGUUAAUUGUAUACUUGUCACAAUGUCCCGAUUUAAGAAAUUAGACGAAUAUGCGCGUCAAGUUGUAGACAAAAUGUUUAACAUUUGUUGCAAUAAAGCCACAAAAUUUAAUGACGCUUUUACGAUAUUGCAUAGUUUCUAUGAUCACAAGCCAACAUUUAUGGAUUUUCCACCGACUUUUGUUAGUACGAAAUUUAUAAAUUGCUGCAUGCAAUUGAUGCUACAAUCGGAUCAUUAUGAAGACAGUCUUCGUCUUUUGAAAUGCUUUAAUUAUUUGGGCAUUGUCAACGUCGAAUUAAUUGACUAUAUAUCGCACAUGUUCAACACGAAAAAGCACGAAAAUAUGUUUACGGAAAUUGAUUAUGUGUGUUUAGUUGAGACAUGCAACCGAGCCAAUUAUACGCCAUCGAAUUGGAAAUCGAAAAUUGUGCCAGCGAUUGAAAGGUCAUCAAUUAAUCCAAAGUUAACGGGUCCAUCUGAAUUUGCAGUAGCUUUAAAGAAAUUGGGAAUUAAUCACAAAGAAUACAGCAAAUAUUCCGAACUUUUUAAAGACAUCGAAAGAAAACACAGGUCAAGUGGAAAAUGCAUCCCUUCAAGUGAAAUUGCGUUGGAUUUGAGGAGUUUUAUUGGCGCCAACAAAAUACUGUAUGAUGUUACUGUAGCCGAUGACCUGACCGUUCAAAUUCUAAUGAAAGCCAAUACAAAAACUGGCGAUUUUCUAGAUAUGAAUAAAGGAACACCGAAAGAGAAUCUCUUUUGCAACGAAAAUGAAAUGAUACUUGCUGUGCUUGUUGGAGAAAUUGCGUCAAAAAGUAAAAUAAGCUUGUACGAACAGAAAAAGAUCCUCGAAGAAAAAGGAUAUGGUGCACUGGUAAUUGAGGAAAGUGUAUACAAGACCUUUGCGAAAAAAUAUAAACAGGCAUAUGUACUCUUUGAAUUGAUUGUCGGAAUAAUUAGUAAAAUGGAAAAUGGAAGAAGAAAGAAAUAGUAUUGAAAAAAAAAACAAGCUGAGAAUAUAAAUGAUAUGAUACAAUUAAUGAAUGGAAAUUUUUAAAUCAUCGCACAGCAUAAACAAAGUGGCAUAAACUAUUAAUUUUUGUUUAGAAAAUAAAAUUAAUAAACAAAGAAAUUUUA